AUUUCACUUAAGAAACCGUCUUUGUUACGUUGCCAUUCAGUCAGCGUGAGUAAGAGUUUCCCCUACAUUUGCCGCCGCGUAUUUCUCGUUAUUACGCUCGAGGAGAUUGUCGCUCUAUAAAAUAUAAUAAAUGAAAUGUGGUUUUAGCUCCUGCGUGUGUUUUUUUAUUGAGGAUUACAAUUAAAUUUUAAAAUGGCACUUUUUGCGGUAUUCGUGUUAUUGAUGCUGACCUCUUUUGGUACUUCGUUAGGACAACGUAAACUUGGUCGAAAUGUUCCAGUAGGGGCCGAUGUAAAGAAAAGCUUAAAUUUUGAUUGUCCAGAAGAGUUUGGAUAUUACCCACAUCCUGCUGACUGCACGCAAUACUACGUAUGUGUAUUUGGAGGAGCACUGUUAGAAUCAUGCACCGGUGGCCUUAUGUACAGUCAUGAAUUACAAACGUGUGACUGGCCACGAAAUGUAGGAUGCGACGGUACUGGAGACGUCGUAACCACACCCUCUGUGGCAUACGUUUCAAGUACACCAAGUCGGUCCGCGGAUUCCAAAAUUCGCUAUAGUCACCCUCCACCUCCGCCUCCAAUACCACCACAACCAGCGGCCGUCGUAACAUCUAGAGGGCAACCAAGGCAGCUACAGCAUAGUCAACAGGAACUGAUUAAGCAAAAGCAACAGCAGCAAUUGUAUGUAGAUGCCGACGAUACCUUAUCGCCUGCUGAAGAAAUUGAGAGCGAUCGACAGCAACGUGUGUACCGUGGGCAACCAUCUACGGUUGGGCAAGUUCAAAGAGAUCGCGAUGGUUUAAGACAACAUACGAAUGCUAUUCCUUUAUCUAGUGGCAGAGGUGAAAAAAUAAGCAUUAUAUCAUUCAGUGGACAACAGCAGCAACAACCUAUUCAACAGUACAGCGAGACUGACGAUGACGACCAUCUUACAAACAGUUUGACUACAAUUAUUCAUAACAGAUAUAAGAGACAGCUUGGACGAAGUCAAAACUAUGCCGGUGGCUCUAUUCACGUUAUUGCUGCACAAGCGUUUCCAAAUGGGCAACCGUCUGCAUCACCAUCUUUUCAAUCUUACUUGGCACCAUAUCGAACAGACAUAACAAAUAGCAGAGAUCGCUCAGUGGAAAUUUUACCAAGCACGUUAGCAAAUAACAAUUACCAACGGAUUACGUUAUCAAAUUUACGCAGUAACAAUUAUGAUCAAAAUUACCAAUAUUAUCAUUUACAUCAUCACAAUAUUCCACAACUUCCGGAUGCGAAGCCUGUAAAUCACAAGGCCCAAUUGACGUUAAACUAUAAUACUAACGGUUUUGUUCCAUCGUUACAUUUUCCCAUACUGGGAAAGCAACCCAGAGCUCCGGAUUUGGAUACAUUCACUCAAACAAGAGGUAGUAUAGCGUUAUUCAGAAAACCAACGACAACAGAAUUUAUACCAAUCAGCAAACGACCAGAUAGUAUAUACAAGCAGUAUUUAACAGUAAAUACUGAUAGACCAAAAAAUAUAAGCGCGUUAUAUACGCCCAAUAACAACAGUUUUAAUAUACUCUCGUUCAUUGACUACCUCAAACAACCUCUGUCGGGGCAUCUGAUAUCAAUACCGCAAUACAGUGGAACAAAUUUGACAAAGAACACCAAUCCAAAAAUUGAAAUAUACGCCGAUUCACCUGUAACGAAAAUAACCUCUGGCACGUCCCAUUUAAAACAGGUAUUGGCACUGACUAACAACCCAACAAAAUUUAACACUAACGAAGACUUUAGGGAGACCAUUCGUCCAAGCACAUCUUCAAAAAUGUUAGCGCAAAAUUAUUCUUAUUACGACGAGUAUUAUGACUAUCCUAAUGAAACCGAAUACUACGAUGACGAUUUAAAUUUGUUGACAUUGAAUAGAUCAUAUCCUUUAAAAAAUUCGAGCGUAACGACCACUACACCGUUACCAAAAAUAACAAAGGUAAAACCACCUCUUGCUAAGUUACAUAAUACGCAACGCAACACUGGAUCGUCAACCACCAUUACGUCACCUUUUGCCAGAAUAUCGACGACAGUUCGACAAACUACUGAAUCCGGACAUAGACUUAGUACGACACACAGAAUUGAAAACAAAGGCAAUCGCGCUAUUGAACAAACCCUAUCAACUGUCCCUCCAAAAACGAUAUACAAUAACAGCAACAACUAUGACUCUUCUCGUUAUGAUUCAUAUUACGCUCUAUAUGAUGAUGAUGUGGAUAUAUACAAAGACGUCGAAUAUGCGCAACACUACAAUAAUGAACCGACGCCAAAGCAAGUUUAUCGAGGUACUCCGGCAACAGUAACCCACGAAGUGAUUCAACAAGAGAAAUCGCCAAAAAUCAGUAAUUCGGGUUACAUACAAAACACAUACAGCGCGUCCGAUGAUAUUUACCAACCGGCCGAUGUACAGAGUUACAGCGACGACGUUUCUUACGGAACUCAAGAUGACGAACGUACAGUAUAUCACCAAACAAGCAAACAAACAAACCGAUACCCUAACACUGCCAACCAGAAUGAAGUACGAGUACAACCUACACUUUAUACAUUACCGGGAAGCCCAGGUUCCAAACAUACUCCUAGUAUCCAAAAACCUACCUUCCCUUUACUUCGGACUACUCCCGACGCAUCCGUACAAAGACCAAUUAUCAAACAACCAUCUCCAUUUAGUUUUGCAAAUCAUGUAACUACACCAAAAACACUAUUUUUCCAUUAUAUAACUAAAACGUCCAUGUCAACUUCAAUAGUCUCAACGACUCCUACCUCAAGUACGCCUGAAAAUUACAACAAAAGUCAAUUGAACACCACGAGCAGCAAAAUAAUUAUACCAACCACGUAUUCUCCUCCCUUCUUCUUUUUAAAGUCACGUUUAAACAGUCACUCAGGUGAGACCGUAAAAAAAAAUAACAGCUGGAAUUCAACCGACAAAUCUGUACCCUCCUUUUCAAAUUCUUCAGCACAUCUAGAAGUUAAUGCCACUUCCAUUAAUAACGAAUUAUGGAGUUCGACGAAUGUCGCCACUGAAGAGAACGACGAAGAAACCGCCACCGUUCCCGUAGCCCCAGCUUUUCAACCACAAAACAAUCUAAAUGACAAAAUUAUAUCGUCUAGUACAGAGUCAUUUAAGCGCACAGUCUAUGUUCCAACAACAACCACCACUACCGAAUUUGAACCUCAAGAAGUUUCAACUUCUGAAUCUGUUGCAUUGGAUAACGAUAUCACCAACACUUCGUGGUUAUUACUUCUUGAACGGUUGAAUUCUAUAACGACUGAAAAUAAAACCGAAUCAACUCCUAUAUCAGAAAGCGAAAAUAAUCAAACAUCCAGUUACAGUUUUAAAUCAAAUUUGGAAAAACAACUACCCUUUACUUCUAUUCCACCCGUUGAGGUGACAAAAAAGUUAAGUAGCUCCCGAAAUACCUCACUUCCUGCUCGAGUUUCCCGGGUUAAUACCGCUAUUAAGUCGGUUAUUGCAUUUGGGGGAACGCCACGGCAAUAUAAAUGUAGCGAUAGUCCAAAUGUCACAUGUGGCAAAAUAAAUCAGAGAGUAACAAAUAAUCGGGGAAGAGGUUCGGCCCACUAUACCACUUCUGGUCGGAACGACAAUUCCGUAAACCGAGGCACACCGCCAUCACGUUCUCGGCCAACGCUAAAACCUUCUACUUCAGUAGUUGCGAAAGCGGCGGAAUUCAUCGACAUCUACAAAUAUCCUCCACGUAGACCAGAACCAAUCUAUCCCCAACCUCUACCGGAUAAAACUGCCGCGAAAUGUCGAAAGGACGUAUGCCUUUUACCCGACUGUUCCUGCGGUGGAAAAGAGAUUCCCGGUGAUCUACCUGUCGAGCAAGUGCCUCAAAUGGUUCUCUUAACAUAUGAUGACUCUGUAAACGACUUGAAUAAGGGCCUAUACAGCGACCUUUUCGAGAAGGGCAGAGUCAAUCCCAACGGUUGUCCCAUUGCCGCUACAUUCUACGUAUCCCACGAGUGGACCGAUUACAGUCAAGUCCAAAACUUAUACUCUGAUGGUCACGAAAUCGCAUCUCAUACUGUAUCACAUAGCUUCGGGGAGCAAUUUUCUCAGAAAAAGUGGACAAAGGAAGUGGCGGGACAACGAGAAAUACUUUCCGCGUAUGGGGGUGUUCAUUUAGAAGAUGUUAGAGGAAUGAGGGCUCCGUUUUUAUCUGUGGGAGGAAAUAAGAUGUUCAAAAUGCUGUACGAUUCUAACUUCACGUUUGAUUCUUCUAUGCCAAUAUAUGAAAACAAGCCUCCAAGUUGGCCUUACACUUUAGAUUAUAAAUUAUUCCACGAUUGUAUGAUACCGCCGUGCCCGACUCGUUCAUAUCCUGGCGUUUGGGAAGUACCUAUGGUGAUGUGGCAAGAUUUGAAUGGCGGUCGGUGUUCAAUGGGAGACGCUUGCAGCAAUCCUUCAGAUGCCGAGGGGGUAUAUAAAAUGAUAAUGAAAAAUUUUGAGCGCCAUUACACGUCAAAUAGAGCUCCAUUUGGUCUCUUCUACCAUGCAGCGUGGUUCACACAACCCCAUCAUAAAGAAGGGUUUAUUCAGUUUUUGGACGCUAUAAAUUCUAUGAAAGAUGUGUGGCUGGUAACGAAUUGGCAAGCAAUUCAGUGGGUUAGAGAUCCUACUCCCACUUCUAGACUAAAUUCCUUUCAACCAUUCGGGUGUAAUUAUCCUGACCGACCAAAACGAUGUAACAAUCCUAAAGUGUGCAAUUUGUGGCAUAAGACGGGAGUGCGAUAUAUGCGUACCUGCCAACCCUGUCCUGACAUAUACCCCUGGACCGGAAAUACGGGUAUUCACAGUAGCCGCAUCGAUAACGACUUAGAAGAAUGAUUAUUCCUGCCUUAUGUUAGAUUCUGUCUGUGUAACAUAUUUUCCUAACUUGUAUUAUACUUUUCCAAACUGUCUUACUUCAAGAAAUCUCUGUUAUAAAAGCGGUAAUAUUUGCCGCAAAAUGUGACGGCGCAGUUACUCAUUUAUAAGGAAUACUCGUAAUAAAACAAGAACAGUAGGUAACAGCGAAGUUUA